UUUGCAGUUUUGCUUUCUUGGUCUCGUGAGUCUUAAGCAGCUCUCCUCCACUGGUCCUCCAAAGUGGCGCCUUCUUCAAUGAGCUUUUUGCGAAGUGAGGCUCCCAAUACCAGAAAGCUGAAGACCACCUGGUACGCGGUACAGCCAGGUCUACUCUACCUCUGCUUUGGUCCGGCUUGUUUGGUUGCUUCUUACGCUAGAACACUCUCUCGUCUUCUAAUUCGUCGCUCGGUCUCUCCAAAGAGCUGCAAGGACGUGGAACAAAAGAGAUUUGACAAGACUCACAGACAAGGAUUGAAAGCAAGUCUAGAAAAGCAAAGACCAACUUGGAAUGUUUAAAUGCAUACCUUGGCUCAUCGCAGAAGCAGCGGUUCUAUGGUCGUCUCAGAGGAUUUAGCUCCUGUGCAUGGAAAAAGGAUUGAGUGAUCACCAGUCUCCCGAGCAGUCCUCCAUGCCUCCCACAACAACAAGUCUGGCUUAUGGCUUGGCAGACGAACACAUCUCCGGAGAUCCGUCCAGGAAGCAUUUGGUCUCGUCCGGCAAGCCACCGCUGUAUCUCCGAGAAGAAAGCCCAUCAGCACCAACAACACAAAGAACGUCCUCACCUCAGAUGGAUCAGAGUGACAGGAUCGAGCUCACGCAGCUCCCCGCGUUGCAGCGCGGCGACGGCCGCUGGGCAGCAAGUCUGUUGAUCGAGUGCGCAGCAGCAGUCGUCCAGAAAGACGCUGCUCGAGUCCAGCAUUUCAUGUGGAUGCUCAACGAACUUGCUUCUCCAUACGGGGACUUCGACCAGCGGCUAGCAUCGUGCUUCCUCCAGGGACUCUUCUGCCGGAUCACCGGGACGGGCUCCCGCCAACACCGAGUGCUGUGCUCCGCGGCGGAGAGACAGUGCCUCUUCGAUCCAAUGCGCAAGAUGAUGCUCAAGUUCCAAGAGAUGAGCCCCUGGACAACUUUCGGUCACGUCGCGGCCAACGGAGCUCUUAUGGAAGCCGUGGAAGGCGAGUUUCGCGUCCACAUCCUGGACGUGAGCAGCACCAUGUGUACCCAGUGGCCGACUUUGCUGGAAGCUCUUGCCACCCGCUCGGACGGAGCUCCACACCUGAGACUGACGAGCAUUCUGGUAAGCUCCGAGGAGGCGGUCGUCAAAGUCAUGACCGAGGUCGGCGCUCGCCUCCGAAAGUUUGCAAGGCUGAUGGGAGUCCCGUUCGAGUUUCGGCUCCUCCAGCAGCCGGAGCUCGAACUGCUCGACGUCGCUACCAUCCAGCCUCGAGCCGGAGAAGCGCUCAUCGUCAACUGUAUUCACUCGCUACACAAUGUGUCCGAGAGGCCGCCUCCUUCUUCCUCGUCUUCCGCUGCUUCUCCACGAGAUCUAGUCCUCAACACCUUCCGGAGCCUGAAUCCCAAGCUCGUGAUCAUCGCAGACGACGAAGCCGACCUCAUAUCUCGAGGAGACUUCAUGAGCCGAUUCGUGGAAGCAGUCCGCUACUAUUCCCUCUUCUUCGAGUCUGUGGAGGAGAGUUUCCCGAGAACGAGCAACGAGAGGCUGAUGCUGGAGAGAAUUGUGUCACGGAAGAUCGUCAACCUGUUAGCCUGUGACGAAGCGAGCAUCUCGGAGAGGCAGGAAAAGAGCAGCCAGUGGGUGAUGAGGAUGCGGAGAGCCGGCUUCGCACUCGCAAAGUUCAGUGACGAUGUAGCCGAUGACGCUCGGGCGCUGCUCAAGCGGUAUAAGGAAGGCUGGGGAUACACCAACACCGACGUUGGCCUCUUUCUCACUUGGAAGGAGCAGCCCACUGUGUUUGCCACCUCUUGGAAACCAUUCUGAGAGCCUGUAUAAAUCCAAAAGAUUUUCCCCCGA